AUGGCUUCCGUGUUGAUUCGGAGGAAGUUUGGGACAGAAGGAGGCAGUGAUGCUGAACCUUCCUGGCUGAAGCGCCAGGUUACCGGCUGCCUGCAGUCGAUCUCUCGUCGCGCCUGCAUCCAUCCUAUCCACACAAUCGUCGUGAUCGCCCUUCUGGCGAGUACAACAUAUGUCGGCCUGCUUGAGGGCAGCUUAUUCGAUUCGUUCAGAAAUUCGAACAAUGUUGCUGGCCAUGUGGAUGUUGACUCGCUCCUCCUCGGUAACAGGAGUCUCCGGUUGGGCGAAGGCACAUCAUGGAAGUGGCAAGUUGAGGACUCACUGAAUCAGGACGACCAAAAGGUGGGGAAUCCUGAACUAAAGAGGGAGGUCGACCAACAUCUUGCUUUGACGACUUUGAUAUUUCCGGACUCUAUUUCGAAAUCCGCGUCGACCGCUCCUGCUGCCGACGCUAUCCCAGUUCCCGCCAAUGCCUCCGCUCAGCUUCUCCCUCAUACGCCUAAUCUCUUCUCGCCAUUCUCUCACGACUCCUCUCUUGUCUUCACCCUUCCUUUCGACCAGGUUCCUCAAUUUCUGAGAGCGGUCCAGGAGCUUCCUGACCCGACGCUUGAAGAUGACGAAGGUGAACAAAAACGAUGGAUUAUGCGUGCUACCCGCGGCCCGGUCAGUGGACCGAAUGGAACCAUCAGCUCCUGGCUGUCGGAUGCGUGGAGUUCCUUUGUGGAUUUGAUCAAGCAUGCCGAAACCAUCGAUAUCAUCAUCAUGACUCUAGGUUAUCUUGCGAUGUAUCUUAGCUUUGCCUCUCUGUUCUUCUCUAUGAAACAGUUGGGGUCGAAGUUUUGGCUUGCUACCACUGUCCUUUUCUCGGGCAUGUUCGCUUUCCUGUUUGGUCUCCUCGUUACCACGAAGUUUGGCGUUCCGAUCAACAUUCUCCUUCUAUCAGAGGGCCUCCCGUUCCUUGUUACGACAAUUGGGUUUGAAAAGCCGAUUAUUCUCACCAGGGCAGUUCUUAGUGCGUCGAUCGACAAGAAACGCCAAGGUUCAGCGACUUCGACUCCCAGUUCUAUUCAGGAUUCGAUUCAGACCGCAAUCCGAGAACAGGGUUUCGAGAUUAUUCGAGACUACUGUAUCGAAAUCUCCAUUCUUAUUGCAGGAGCUGCUUCUGGAGUUCAGGGCGGUCUGAGACAAUUUUGCUUCCUCGCUGCUUGGAUCCUUUUCUUCGACUGCCUUUUGCUCUUCACCUUCUACACGACUAUCCUCUGCAUUAAGCUUGAGAUCACACGUAUCAGGCGCCAUGUGACCCUUCGCAAGGCUCUGGAGGAAGAUGGUAUUACGCAGAGUGUUGCCGAAAAGGUCGCCUCGAGCAAUGAUUGGUUUGGUGCCGGAUCGGACAAUAGCGACGCAGAUGACGCUAGUGUUUUUGGACGGAAAAUCAAAUCGAACAAUGUUCGCCGCUUCAAGUUCUUGAUGGUCGGGGGUUUUGUGCUGGUCAACGUGGUGAAUAUGACUGCAAUCCCUUUCCGGAAUUCGAGCUUGUCACCUCUCUGCAAUGUCUUCUCGCCUACACCGAUAGAUCCCUUCAAGGUUGCUGAGAACGGUCUGGAUGCCAUCUACGUUUCCGCUAAAAGCCAGAAGUUGGAGACAUUAGUGACAGUUGUCCCGCCCAUCAAGUACAAACUUGAGUAUCCGUCGGUGCAUUAUGCUAAGCUGGGAGAGAGCCAGUCUAUUGAAAUUGAAUAUACCGACCAGCUUCUGGAUGCUGUGGGCGGACACGUCCUCAACGGCGUUUUGAAGAGCAUUGAGGACCCAGUUAUCAGCAAGUGGAUCAUUGCAGUGUUGACUUUGAGCAUAGUCCUCAACGGCUAUCUAUUUAACGCCGCAAGAUGGAGCAUCAAGGAACCACAAGCCGCCCCCGCUCCUAAGGAACCGGCCAAGCCAAAGGUCUAUCCCAAAAUCGACUUGAACGCUGGCCCUAAGAGGAGCAUGGAGGAAUGUGAGGCAAUGCUAAAAGCGAAAAAGGCAGCCUACCUUAGCGAUGAGGAGCUGAUUGAACUUUCACUCUCUGGCAAACUUCCUGGAUAUGCUCUGGAGAAGUCAUUGGAAAAUGAGGAACUUAUGAGCCGUGUUGAUGCCUUCACCCGGGCAGUCAAAAUCCGCAGGGCUGUAGUAUCGAGGACCCCCGCAACUUCUGCAGUCACCAGCUCUUUGGAAACUUCUAAGCUGCCCUAUAAGGAUUACAAUUAUGCGCUUGUCCAUGGUGCUUGCUGUGAGAACGUUAUUGGCACCCUGCCUCUGCCUCUUGGAGUUGCCGGUCCCCUUGUUAUUGAUGGUCAAAGCUAUUUCAUUCCCAUGGCAACAACUGAAGGUGUUUUGGUAGCCAGUGCCAGUCGAGGCGCCAAGGCUAUUAACGCUGGUGGUGGUGCAGUGACUGUCUUAACUGGCGAUGGCAUGACUCGCGGUCCCUGUGUCGGGUUUCCUACACUUGCACGCGCAGCUGCAGCUAAGGUCUGGCUCGACUCCGAGGAGGGUAAGAGCGUCAUGACAGCAGCAUUCAACUCUACCAGCCGCUUUGCUCGACUGCAGCACCUGAAGACUGCCCUUGCCGGUACCUACUUGUAUAUCCGGUUCAAGACGACUACUGGCGAUGCCAUGGGUAUGAACAUGAUUUCGAAAGGCGUUGAGAAAGCACUCCAUGUCAUGGCUACAGAGUGUGGAUUCGACGACAUGGCCACCAUCUCUGUGUCUGGCAACUUUUGUACCGACAAGAAAGCAGCUGCUCUCAACUGGAUUGACGGCCGCGGCAAAUCAGUUGUGGCUGAGGCUAUUAUCCCCGGUGAUGUUGUGCGCAAUGUGCUAAAGAGUGAUGUUGAUGCCUUGGUGGAAUUGAACACUAGCAAGAAUCUGAUUGGCAGUGCAAUGGCAGGUAGCUUGGGCGGAUUCAACGCUCACGCAUCAAACAUUGUUACUGCAAUCUUUCUCGCAACUGGUCAAGACCCCGCGCAAAAUGUGGAGAGCAGCAGCUGCAUUACCACGAUGAAGAAUACAAAUGGCAAUCUUCAGAUCGCUGUGUCUAUGCCUUCAAUUGAGGUUGGCACUAUCGGUGGUGGUACUAUCCUCGAAGCGCAGGGUGCUAUGCUUGACUUACUAGGCGUCCGUGGCUCUCACCCCACCAACCCCGGCGACAACGCGCGUCAGCUGGCUCGUAUUGUGGCAGCCGCAGUGCUUGCUGGCGAACUGAGUCUAUGCUCUGCGCUUGCGGCUGGACAUCUUGUCAGAGCGCACAUGGCCCACAACCGCAGUGCCGCUCCCACUCGGUCAGCGACCCCGGUCUCAGCGGCUGUUGGUGCUACGCGGGGACUGUCCAUGACGUCUUCAAGAUAGAUAUCAUGAGUGCAUGCCUUUCUCCUUCCUACCUUUUACGAUAAAUACGAUGCGACUAGGCUUUCUUACGACGGCCAUUCUGGAACUAACUGUCCCUCAUUCGGUUCGCUCACCCGGACUUCUUCCACUUCCGGCACACAUUUUCUGAGCUUUUUUACAUGUGGGUUUUACGGCGACCGUGAAUCAUAUGGUCAGCCUCAUUUUUUUUUGGGAGUCUAUUGAAUAUACUGGAGUCUGGGCAUAUACAUAGAACUGCGCUACGGAUUGACCUGAACAAGAGAUAUACUAAAAAGCAAAGGAGACGAGCAGUCGCUCUUUGCACAAGGGCAGCUGUUCGUCGGACUACAUCUGAAGAUGAUUGUUUGCAAUGUAUGGAUAAUAACAUGUGUAUGAAUAAUACAUAUACUAGUCGAAUCAACUUCGCCGAGCAAUAA